AUGGCUUCGUCGUCACUUGUUGUCCCCUUAGUUUUAUGGAACCGAUUACCUUCUUCUCCAGUUACAACAGUUGUCUAUAAAGAAGGUCAUGUUGCGACAGGUCUUAAGGAUGGAUUUAUAUGGAUAUAUCGUUGCAUAGUUGACGAACAAGGCUCACUUCAGUUACAACAUAAAGUCCUUUGCAUUGGCCAUAAAUCAGCCAUUACUGCCCUAACCAUUACAGAAGGACCGACUGAUGGAUGUGUUGGGAAUAAUUAUGUAUUAAUUAGUGCUUCGGAAGAUGG